CCUAUUUGGGUCAAAUCCAACGAGAUCCAUAUAGUAUCCAUAACAUCGACUUGUCGUCGUAUUGAAAUAUCGGCAUAGUCUGACUAUAGCAGCGACUGGCGUCUCAAGAACGACGUUAUAAUUAUCACUUCCAACGCGGGAGUCGUAUUUGCCCGCAUGCCAAACAUUCUGUCGGACAAUGAAGCAGAGGCUUGGCUCGAAGAACUAGUUACAUACCUUCGCACCAAUCCUGAUGCCUCCUGGUGGAAUACUCACCACUCAGGCUCUUGGGCCUGCUGGGCCUUCUUCGCGAAGACCAAAGACCAGCGAACAUGGAUGUAUACGAGGUCCAAAGAUGCGAAACAACGACCGAUUACGGUUCUCGAGUUUAUGUCUCAGUAUUCGUUUCGAAAGCCGUGGCUGAUCAAGCUGCCAGGGAUGGAAACCCCUGAAGCAGAGUAUGCAAGUAUCCGAGGUAGGACUUAUGUGCCUUUCCUUUGUCACGGUCAACAGGAUAAGGUGAAUAAGAGAAUUAUUGAGCGGGGUGAGGAGAUAAAGGAGCAGAAUACCAAGAAUAUGAAGACGGAAAUUCGCUUCCUCUUAGAACCAGCCACAAUGGUCAGAGAGGUCAGCAAGGUGGAUAGCAAAGAGUCCGGAAGGCUGAUAUGUGAGGACACAUGA